ACAAGCGCCGCUAUGUUUUGAAAAGCCGGGCUUGCGUUAGCUCUCAGUUUCCUGCUUAGCUCCUUACCGCCACAUAUUUCCAUACGUUUUAUCAUAAUGUAUUUAAUAUAAAAGCGAAUUUAAACAUGCCAAAGUCUCAGAAGAAGUCGGGCACCACUCAGACCUUGAUGAGCAGGUACUUUGGAGGACUGAGCAGCAGCAGUGCACCCAACACUCAAUGUGGGAUUAACUCAAAUCCUGCAGAGACACAGCUUUUAAGAGGCAAGCAGAAACUUUCCCCUGACGAUGAUUUGGAAUUGCCUUCAAAGCGAGCCAAGCUUUCUCACCAAGACCAGAAAGUGGAGGGGGUAGUUGGUGAGACUGCCUCAUCUCAGAGCCAUAAAGAGACAACACUGACAUCCCCCAAAGGGGCAGACUGCCUCUGCGCCUCAACCUUGGAAAAGCUGAAAUGUUUUCGUGUCGGGCAAAGCAAUGUUCAAAGGGAUGAAAAGAGGACAGGAAGUUCAAGCAUUGGAGUCUGUGACCAAGGAAGCAGUGUUGGGCCUCCUCGGGACUAUUCACAGCCACAGAGCAAUCAACACAGACCCCAGCAGACAAGGAGAGAGGAGACACAUGAGGAUGAAGAGGAGGACAAUGAACUAGAGAGUUCAGAGUUGGCUGCUACAAAACAGAUGUCACACUUUUCUCAGUUUGCUAAGCCAGGAAGAGCAGGAGGAAAAGGUGCAGAACCGAGUCCCAUGUCAGAAUCUAGUGCCCUCUCCAGACGCUCAAAGAGCAUAUACACUCCCCUGGAACAGCAGGUCAUUCAGUUAAAACAGCAGCAUAAAGAUGCUCUGUUGGCUGUGGAGUGUGGGUACAAGUACAGGUUCUUUGGAGAUGAUGCUGAGAUUGCAGCCAAGGAGCUGAACAUCUACUGUCACCUGGAUCAUAACUUUAUGACAUGCAGCAUCCCGGCGCACCGUCUGUUUGUUCACGUCAGACGGCUGGUGUCCCAUGGACACAAGGUGGGCGUGGUAAAACAGACAGAGACAUCAGCAAUUAAGGCCUCAGGAGCCAAUAGGAAUGCUCUGUUCAGCCGUCAGCUUAGUGCUCUUUACACCAAGUCGACUCUGGUUGGAGAGGAUGUGAACCCGGUCUGCAGGCUGGGGAAUGAGGAGGAGGGGGCCUGUGGUGACGUGGUGUCAGACCCUCCUGACAGCUUCCUGGUGUGUAUCAGUGAGAACUGGGACAAACUGAAGAAGCAGCUGACUGUAGGGCUGGUGGCGGUUCAGCCCAGCACAGGAGACAUAGUACUGGACUGUUUCCCCGAUGGUCAGUCUCGCUCUGAGCUGGAGGCUCGUGUCCUAAAGAUCAACCCAGUGGAAGUCCUGGUGCCUUCUGACCUCUCAGAACAAACUCACAAACUUCUGCUGAGCAUCUCCAAUGCAAGCACUCAGGCUGAUGACAGAGUGAGAAUCGAGACGAGGGACAGCUCUCAGUUUGAGUUUGCUUCGGCGAUGAACACAGUAACAGCGUUUUACUGCCACACCCAGGAGAAAGGCUCUCGCUCUUUGUCGACUGUUGCAUCUUUGGAGAGCGCAGUGAUCUGCUGCCUUGGGCCACUUAUCCACUACCUUCAAGAAUUCAAUCUGGAAAGAGUUCUCAGAAGUGAAAGCUCAUUUCGGCGUCUCUCCUGUGCGUCAGAGAGGAUGACUCUCAGUGCUGCCACCCUGAGAAACCUGGAAAUUCUCAACAAUCAGACAGAUGGCGGUGUGAAAGGCAGUCUGUUGUGGGUGUUGGACCACACUCGUACAGCAUUUGGAAAGAGACUGCUGAGGAAGUGGGUGAUCGAGCCCCUCACAGACCCGCGAUCCAUUGCAGAAAGGCAGGAUGCUGUGCAGGAGCUCCUGGAGUCCGACUCCGUGUCUUUAAACACAGUCAGAUCUCUGCUGACGCACCUGCCUGACCUGGAGAGAGGCAUCUGCAGUAUUUUCCACAAAAAGUCAUCCACGCAGGAGUUUUACCUCAUUAGUAGCAGUCUAUCUCGCCUUGGUAUGGAGCUGCAGGCUUUGCUCCCGGCAAUCCAGUCCCAGAUCAGCUCAGUGUUGCUCCAGGGCCUGUUGUUGGACACCCCUGACCUGCUGGCUCCGGCCCACAACUUCCUCAAAGUGCUCAAUGAAAAAGCAGCCAAGUCUGGGAAUAAGACAGAGCUGUUCUCUGAUCUGUCCGGCUUCCCGGUGCUUCAAGAAAGGAGGGAACAGAUCCAGGCUGUCCUCCAAGAGAUCCAAGACCACCGUAAAGAAGUCCGCCUAACGCUUAGGAGCCCAGCACUGGACUACACCACCGUCUCUGGACAGGAGUUUUUGAUUGAGGUGAAGAACUCGCUGUCGUCCACUGUUCCACCUGACUGGGUCAAAAUCAGCAGCACCAAAGCUGUCAGCAGGUAUCACUCUCCUUUCCUUGUGGAGUGCUACAAAAAGCUGCUACAGCUCCGAGAGCAGCUGCUGCUGGACUGCCAGAGGGAAUGGACCAAUUUCCUUGAUCAGUUUGGGGAACACUAUCACACCAUGAAAAGGGCCAUUAGUCACCUAGCAACUGUGGACUGUCUCUUUUCAUUGGCCGAGGCGGCCAAACAAGGAGACUACUACAGGCCAGAGGUGUGUGAGAACCAAUGCCAGAUUCUAAUCAGAGACGGCAGACAUCCUGCCAUCGACUUACUGAUGGGAGAGCAGAACCAAUAUGUGCCCAACCUCACUGAACUACAGGGUGACGGCAGGAGAACCAUGAUAAUCACUGGCCCUAAUAUGGGGGGCAAGAGCUCCUACAUCCGCCAGGUGGCCUUGAUCUGUGUCAUGGCUCAGAUGGGCUCUUUUGUCCCAGCUUUUCAGGCACGUCUUGGUGUGCUGGAUGGCAUUUACACCAGGAUGGGGGCUUCAGACAACAUCUACAAAGGUCGUAGCACAUUCAUGGAGGAGCUGACCGAAGCCUCAGAGAUCAUUUCCCAUGCAACAGAACGCUCAUUAGUCAUCCUUGAUGAACUGGGACGUGGCACCAGCACCCAUGAUGGAAUUGCCAUUGCUUAUGCCACCCUGGAGUACUUCAUCCGAGAUGUGAAAGCCCUAACGUUGUUUGUGACCCAUUACCCUCCUCUGUGUGAGCUGGAGCGGGUGUAUCCUGAACAUGUGUCUAACUACCACAUGGCUUUCCUACUCAAUGAACCGGACGUUGCUACAGACACUGAUGAUGGAGAGGUUCAGCCGGAGUUCAUCACCUUCCUCUACCAGUUAACCGAAGGAGCUGCAGGGCGGAGCUAUGGCUUGAAUGUGGCCCGAUUGGCAGAAAUCCCAGACCCUAUUCUACACACUGCUGCACGAAAAGCCCGCGAGCUGGAGAGCAUGGUCAACGCCAGGAGGAAAAAUAAGAAACUUCUCUCAGAUGUUUGGGAUGUCUCGGAUAGAUCGAGCCUCAUGGAGUGGCAGCGGUCAAACUCUUAACAUCGCUGCAACAAGAGUCAACACAAAGAAGAGAGAACAAAUGAAUGAGCAAACUUUAGAGAGGACUCGGCACAGAUGGAGUAAAGUGGUCGAUUCUGCUUUUCUCAGUGUAGUUUUCACUAUCUCAGGUUCUGAUUAUCUCCAUCGUCUGUACUGUAGAUUAACCAUCAUGAUCAAUUCAUCCUAUUAAUAAUGUGACAGCAUCUAGUUUGAUGAUUGAAUAAAAAGGCAAAGUUUACACACUU